AUGAUGUACGUAAUUUACCCUGCCAAUAAUAUCUCAUUCAAUCAGAUAUGCCUUCUCUUUCAGCCCCCUCACAGGAUGUCGACUCCGUCUAGGAAGAGACUUAUGAGGGAUUUCAAGAGGUUGCAGCAGGAUCCACCUGCGGGUAUUAGCGGUGCCCCUCAAGACAACAAUAUUAUGCUUUGGAAUGCUGUUAUAUUUGGUCCUGAUGAUACACCUUGGGAUGGAGGUACGUUCAAGUUAACACUUCAAUUCACUGAAGAUUACCCAAACAAGCCUCCAACAGUGAGAUUUGUUUCGCGGAUGUUCCAUCCCAAUAUUUAUGCAGACGGAAAUUUUACAAAUAUUGUACACUUGAUUUUCUUUGAUCUUCUUCUGGAAACUGCCAGGAGUGAAAAUAUUAGCUUUUUUGAGGCUGCUUAUCCAGUGCCUCAAAUCUCAAACAAUGAGGUGUUCCAAAGGUAG